UCUGCGAAAGCACUGACCAAUGAUUUUAAAGUGGGGCGGGACGAGCAUGUUGUGAAUGGAAGUUAGUUGUUUCUUGCUGACGACGAGUCAAGUGCUCUGACAGAGACUGCUGCUAACAGCAAGACAUAAAACCAAAGUUUCGCCACUUGUAAACAGCCAUUGUGUGUUUCUGGAGAAGAGAAAUCGUGUGAUGCGGGUAAGACAUUAUUUGCGAAAUGGUCUGAAGAGAUGAGGUUUCAUUUUGUAAGCUAACAAGCUAGCGAACCUGUUGUCGGUUGGCAUUUGGCUAGCUAGCUGCUUGCCAUUUGAAUUGGAGGCUUUUGGACAGAGACCGGCAGUUCGCUACGACUUUGGAAGGACUUGAAACGGAAUACGUAAAAAUAACUGGUUGAUUUGCGAAGAAAACCCACGAAAAAGGAGCAUAUUUGCACGUCUCAACGUUUUUGGAAACAAACUUACUCCAGAUACUCUGAAAGGAUCCUACUUCAUUGCGGAGGAGCCGGGAAUUCACUGAUUAGUAGAACGAAAUCGAUUAAGUGAAAGGACAUGGCUAGCUGUCCGGCUAGCUAACUACGAUGGAUAAUUCCAAUGUUUUAUCAUGCGCAGUUCACAGUGAUUAACGAAAUGCUCUUGUAGACAGUAUCCCCGUAAAGGCAUCAAAACAACCAAGCAUUUGUGGGAGAUAUCAGAUUAAAGCGGAUAAGCAAAAUCCUACCGUCACAAAUGUAUUAGGGAGUUGUUCUCGGGAUCAAUUGCAAAUGAAAAUGAGGGAUCACAGAAAUCUGAAUUCCAACAACUCUGCUGGACAAAAGCACGAUGAUAUUUUUGACGACCCCAGUGUAGGGGCUACAUUUAGCACAAUAGUAUCUACACAAGGAGAGUUUAAUAAGUGGCAGCACGAUGGUCUUUACUCAACAAUUGGCACUGCCAUAAUAGCUGACAGUCGAAGACGCACGGAACAGGAGUAUCUGCGCAAGGAGUUUACAUUCGAUUGCAGCGGCAGGGCUCAUGUUAGUGACCGCCCUGCAUGCCCAGAAAAAUAUGUUAACGUUAGAACAGGUCGAUUUCAAGACAUGCACGGGAGAAAUCAAACCUUGAACACAACUGACAGCGGGAGGCGCAUUGAAAACGCUUUUCAUUCUGGUGGCAGUCGCUCUCAUCCGAAGUGUAACGUUAGCGGGAAAACCUCUGAUGCCAAAGUACAGCUGGUCAUGGAUGCUACUUUUUACCAAAUAACUGGGGACAGACUAUCCAGUAUGAAUGGUAAUAUUACGGAAAUUACCCGCCACAAUCACGGUGACAAAAAGAUUACCCGAGAGAUUACACGCAACAGCCCAGUAAACAGCCGCCAAAUCGGGAAUGGAAGGAGAAAGUUUACACUGAGUAUAUGUAGUUGGUGGGCGUUCUUCUUUUUCAAUUCCCAUGUGCUGACAGCGCUGGCUCAAGAUGACGUGGCUCCCUAUUUCAAGACUGAGCCGGGCCCGCCGCAGACCCACCUGGAGGGGAACCGCUUGGUCUUGACCUGCCUGGCGGAAGGGAGCUGGCCCCUGGAGUUCAAGUGGAUGCUCAACAACUCUGACAUCACUUCCUUCUCUCCUCAGUACAAGUACAGCGUGGCGUCCCUGCAGCGCUCCGACGCCGGCUUCUACCAGUGCGUGGUGCGGAACAGGAGGGGCGCGCUGAUGCAGAGGAAGACUGAAGUGCAUGUAGCGUACAUGGGCAGCUUCGCGGAGCAGGAGCAGAGGAAGACUGUGUCCCAGGGCCGGGCGGCCGUCCUGAACCCCCCCGCCGUCAGCAGCUACCCCCGCCCCCAGGUCACCUGGUUCAGGGACGGCUACAAGAUCAUCCCCAGCUACCGAGUAGCAAUAACCUUGGACAAUCAGCUCGUGGUGCUGUCGACAGCUGCGCCAGAUGCAGGACGGUAUUACGUCCAGGCAGUUAAUGAAAAGAAUGGAGAGAACAAGACAAGCCCAUCCAUUUACCUGAGCGUGGCGAACUCGGACGCUCCAGCGGACCCGAUGGCUCCGGUGAUCGUGGUCCCUCCCAGGAACACCACGGUGGUGGCGGGGGCCACCGAGGUGACGCUGGAGUGUGUGGCUAACGCAAGGCCGGUCGACAAGCUGAGCGUCUCCUGGAAACGGAGCGGCGUGAAGCUGACGAGCGGCGUGGGCACGUUCGGGCGGAGGCUGACCGUCUUCAAGCCCGGCUCCGACGACGCGGGGCCGUACGUGUGCGAGGCCGCCCUGCUGGACAGCAGCGCCAAGGUGGCCGAGGCCAGGGCCUUCCUCUUCGUCACAGAGGCCCCGCGCUUCACGGUGGAGCCCAAGCGGAGGACCGUGGGGGAGGUGGAGAAAACGGUGGACAUCCCGUGCCAGGCCAGAGGAGUCCCCUUGCCCAAGCUGGAAUGGUACAAGGACUCUGUGGCGCUCAGCAAACUGAAUAACCCUCGUUACAAAGUGAUGGCUAGCAUGGGCUUGCAGGUCCGAAAGGUGCACCCCAACGAUGCCGGAAUCUUCCAGUGCUUCGCCAGAAACUCAGCUGGGGAAAUCCAGGUUCAUUCUAACCUCGUCAUCACAAGUAUGGCCCCGGCCUUCGCUGAGGCUCCCUCUGACAUCACCGCCACCGACGGCACGGCGGCGGUCUUCGCCUGCGAGGCCUCCGGAGCCCCCAAGCCCGCCAUCACCUGGAAGAGAGGAACGCAGGUUUUGGGCAGCGGCUCGGUCCAGAUCCCGCGCUUCACCCUCCUGGAGUCCGGGGGCCUGCUGGUGAAGCCGGUCUUCAUGGAGGACACGGGGAACUACACCUGCCACGCCUCCAACUCGGAGGGAGCCGUCAGCGCCAGCUCCUCCCUGACCGUGUGGAGCCGCACGUCCAUCUCCCAGCCCCCUGAGGACCAGCGGGUCAUCAAAGGAACAACGGCCGUGCUGGACUGCAAGGCCACAUAUGACCCCAGGGUGUCCGUCAGGUUUGUGUGGAAGAAGGACGGCAGUGUGGUCAGCCAGACCAGCGGGGGGCGCAUCAGCUUAAGAGAUGGCUCCCUACACAUCAGCCAGACCUGGUCAGGAGACAUUGGGGACUACACCUGCAACGUCCUCUCUCAGGCCGGCAACGACUCCAAGUCAGCCCGUCUGGAGGUCAUCGAACUGCCCCACUCUCCCCGGAACCUGCAGGCCAGCCUGAACGCCACGGACAGCCGCAGCGUGGACCUCUCCUGGGUCCGCCCCUUCGACGGGAACAGCCCCCUCCUGCACUACAUCGUGGAACUCUCCGAAAACAACUCUCCGUGGAAGAUCUACUUGCCUGAAGUAGACCCGGUCCUGACGGGAGUGGUGGUGAGAGGGCUGACCCCAGCGCGCACGUACCAGUUCAGAGUGUGUGCGGUCAACCAGGUGGGGAAGGGCCAGUACAGCACCGAGACCAACAGGCUAAUGCUGCGAGAGGAGGCUCCCAGCGCCCCUCCCAAAAACAUUGUGGCCAGCGGCCGGACCAACCAGUCCAUCAUGGUGCAGUGGCAGCCCCCCCCGGAGCCCGAGCUGAACGGCGUGCUCAGGGGCUACGUGCUCAGGUAUCGCCUGGCCGGCCUCCCUGGGGAGUACCAGCAGAAGAACAUCAGCAGCCCUGAGAUUAACUACUGCCUGAUUAGGGAUCUGAUCAUCUGGACGCAGUAUGAGAUCCAGGUGGCGGCGUACACGGGGGCGGGCCUGGGGGUGUUCAGCCCGCCCGUCACAGAGUACACGCUGCAGGGAGUGCCAACGGCGCCCCCUCAGGACGUGGAGGCCAAAGCGCUGGACUCAACCACAAUCAAGUUCACGUGGAACCCUCCCCCGCAGCAGUUCAUCAACGGCAUCAAUCAGGGGUACAAGCUCCUGGCGUGGCCGGAGCAGUUUCCGGACAGCGUCACCGUGGUGACCAUCACGCCGGACUUCCACGGGGCGCGACACCUGGGCCACGUGAGCGGGCUGAGGAAGUUCACCUGGUACCUGACGUCGGUGCUGUGCUUCACCACGCCGGGGGACGGGCCCAGCAGCCCCCCGCAGCUGGUGCAGACCCACGAGGACGCCCCGGGCCCGGUGGGUCACCUGAGCUUCACAGAGAUCUUGGACACCUCUCUGCGGGUCAGCUGGCAGGAGCCUGUUGAAAAGAACGGCAUCAUCACAGGCUACCUGGUGUCCUGGGAGGUGCAGGGGCUCAACUCCUCCCGGGUGUCGCGCACGCUCCCCAACACCACGCUGGAGUACAAGGUGACGGGCCUCACCUCCCUCACCACCUACACCCUGGAGGUGGCCGCCAUCACCCAGGCCGGGAUGGGGACCCCCACCUCCUCCACCAUCUCCUCCGGGGUCCCGCCAGAACUUCCCGGACCUCCAUCAAACCUUGUUAUCUCCAACAUAAGCCCCCGUUCUGCCACACUGAAGUUCCGGGCAGGGGAUGAUGGGAAGACAUCUAUCUCCAAAUGGAUUGUUGAGGGCCAGGUGGGGGGCAUCGGCGAGGAGGACGAGUGGAAGGUCCUGUACGAAAAAGAGAACGAGCCAGACGCCCAGGUGCUGGAAAUCCCCAACCUUACCCCCUUCACCCACUACAGGUUCCGCAUGAAGCAGGUGAACAUCGUGGGCCCCAGCCCCGUGAGCCAGCCCUCCCGCGUGAUCCAGACCCUGCAGGCCCCGCCCGACCUGGCCCCCAGCAGCGUGAGCGUGCGCACGGCCAGCGAGACCAGCCUGUGGCUGCGAUGGGUGCCCCUACAGGACACCGAGUACAACGGGAACCCGGAGACGGUGGGCUACAGGAUCAAGCUGUGGCGGGCGGACCAGCAGGGCGAGGCCCAGAUCCGAGUGCUGAGCGACCGCCUGGAGAGGGAGGCCACCCUGGAGGGGCUGGAGGCGUGGACCGAGUACCAGCUGCAGAUCCAGGCCUUCAACUCCAUCGGCCCCGGGCCCUGGAGCGAGAUGGUGAAGGGCCGCACCCGCGAGUCCGUGCCGUCUGGGGCUCCCGACAACGUCACGGCCGAGGCGGUGAGCUCCACGCGCAUCCUGGUCACCUGGGGGCCCGUGCCCGAGCACCAGAAGAACGGAUACAUCCUGGGAUACAAGGUGCUGUAUAAGGAGCAGGACUCGGAGGCUGAGCCCCAGGUGCACAUGGUGAAGGGGAACCUCACGCAGUCUGUGCUGCUGAGGAACCUGCGUAAAUACGUCCUGUACCAGAUCCAGGUGCUGGCCUUCACCCGCAUUGGGGACGGAGAGCCCAGCAGCCCCCCUGUCCUGGAGAGAUCAAAGGAUGACGGUAGGCCAGCUCCUGCUCUGCCACUUCAGCUCAGGCCCCCGGCGCAGAGGGUGAUUGGAAUUAGAAUCAUCUGGCAGCGCCCGAAGGACGCGGCUCAUGUGUGUUUUCCCUCUGGCUUCGUUACAGGGUACCAGAUCGCCUACCGCCUGGACGCCAGUGACCCGAACAAGUUCACCACGGUGGAGGUGGGCUCCAACGCCCGGCAGUUCACGGUGACGGGCCUGGCCCCCGAGUCGGCCUACGUCUUCCGCGUCUCCGCCCGCACCCAGCAGGGCUGGGGCCUGCCCGAGGAGGCGGUGGUGAUCACCACGGAGAGACGAGACCGGCCCCAGCCGCCCAAGAAGCUGACGGUGCCGCAGAAGGACGUGCGGUCGCGGGCGCUGCUCCUGCGCUGGGUCCCCGGCGGCGACGGCUCCUCGCCCGUGCGCUACUUCACCCUGCAGACGCGCCAGCUGCCCGACGGGGACUGGCACACCCACUCCGCCGCCAUCAGCCACAACAGCACCUCCUGGGAGGUGGACCGGCUGAAGCCCUUCACGUCGUACAAGCUGAGAAUGAUGGCGACUAACGACAUCGGAGACAGCGCCUACAGCAAGGAGACGGACGCAAUUACAACUUUACAAGAUGUUCCUGAUGAACCACCUGUUAUUCUGGCGGUAAAGCCAUCCACAACGACCUCUGUCCUUGUUCAGUGGCAGCCGCCCAAGGAGGAGAGCGUGAACGGGGUGCUGGUGGGGUUCCGCCUGUACUACCGCGAGCUGCAGUACGAGAGCGCCCCGGCGGAGCCCAAGGAGGCCGCCAACCUCUCGGCCGCGCGCGCCGAGAUCACAGCCAAAAGCACUUUCAAGACUGUGAGCAGUGCUUUGUUAACAGAAUUCGAGUUAACGCAGCUGAGCAAGUACAAACGCUAUGAGGUCGUGAUGACAGCCUACAACAUCAUUGGCGAGAGCCCGCCCAGCGCACCUGUGGAGGUUUUCGUUGGAGAAGCAGCUCCAUCAGUGGCCCCUCAGAACAUUAAGGUGAACAGCCUGUCAUCCACACAGCUAGAGGUGGUGUGGGAGCCUCCCCCCGUGGAAACUCAGAACGGGAACAUUCAGGGCUAUAAGAUCCACUACUGGGAGCGGGACAAUCGGAACGAGACGGAGAAGGUGAAGAUCCUGUUCGUCCCGGAGACCGCGGUGCGGCUGAAGAACCUGACCAGCUACAGCACGUACCUGGUCAAGCUGUGCGCCUUCAACGCGGCGGGAGACGGCCCGCUCAGCGAGCCCAGGAGGGGGCGCACUCUCCAGGCCGCCCCCAGUGUUCCGAGCUUCAUCACCUUCUCCGAGGUGACCACCACCACGCUCAACGUCUCCUGGGGGGUUCCCCUCACCCCCAACGGAGUGGUGGAAGGGUACAGGGUGGUGUACGAGCCCUCUGCCCCUAUACACGGCGUGAGCAAGGUGGUGACCGUGGACAUCAAGGGCAACUGGCAGCGCUGGCUCAAGGUUCGGGACCUGACCAAGGGCGUGACCUACCGCUUCCGGGUGCAGGCCAAAACCAUCAGCUUCGGGCCCGAGCUGGAGGCCAACAUCACGGCGGGGCCGUUGCGAGGCUCCCCUGGUUCUCCCAUCGAGACGUCAAUCACUAAAUCUUCCUCUGCCCUCACCAUUCAUUGGACACCAGGAGAUACAGGGGGCGGGCCAGUUAUCGGUUACGUUAUUGAAGCCCGUCCUUCAGACGAGGGCUUGUGGGAUACCUUCGUCAAGCACUUGUCCCCCAGCAGCACGUCUCACUCUGUCAGCCUGGACCGCCUCAGGCAGGGCGUCAGCUACGAGUUCCGCGUGAUCGCAGUCAACCAGUUCGGCUACGGCGAUCCCAGCAUGCCCUCUGCUGCCCUGUCAGCCCAGUCAGAGACGCCUUUCUACGAGGAGUGGUGGUUCCUGGUCGUCAUGGCGCUGUGUGGGCUGAUCCUCAUUCUGAUGGUGGUGUUUGCUCUGGUGCUGCACGGUCAGGGCAAGAAGUACAGAAGCUGUGGUACCGGGAAGCACAUCUCCACCGUGGAGGAGUCCGUCACCCUGGACAACGGAGGCUUCACUGCCCUGGAGCUCAACAGCAGGCACCUCAACGUCAAGAGCACCUUCCUCAAGAAGAAUGGCACCAGGUCUCCUCCCCGCCCCAGCCCCGGGGGACUGCACUACUCUGACGAGGACAUAUGCAACAACUACAACGGCGCCGUUCUGACAGAGAGCACCACGCUGACCGAGAAACCCACUGAGAUCUCUGAGUCUGAGGCCACGGACAGCGACUACGAGGACGAGCAGCCCAAGCACUCCUUCGUCAACCACUACAUGAGCGACCCCACCUACUACAACUCGUGGAAGCGGCAGCAGAAGGGGCUGAAGCAGAGCCCGGCCUACGCGUACGAGGAGUGCGCCGGGGGCGACGCCGAGGCCUACUAUCAGACUGUAGUGACCCAGCACAGCGUGGGAGGGGCGUACACCCCCGCCGGCCAGCCCGCCCCCAGCUCACGGACACCCGCCACAGGCUUCUCCUCCUUCGUCUGACGCACGGUGCCACGCCGGGGGCGGGGAGGGGCGGGGUCAGGGUGGGGCCCGUCCAGCGGCUCCGGCAGCCCGGGGGGUUGUGGUGAAUUGUGGGUAUUUAGCCGUCGGCUCCAUACGGUAAAAAGACACAAAGGUAUUGCUGGCAGGAGGAACAUGAAGCUGUUUCUCAGCUCUGCACUUCUCCUGUGCCCACGUCCCCCACAGUGUCUGUGACUUAUCAAGACUGUGUGAUUAUCUCCGUCAUAUGUGUGUAUCUGUGAGAGAGAGACUGAGACAGACAGGCAGUUUGAGUGAAAACGAAGGAAUGGCUUACAAAACUAGAUGGAAAAGAACUUUCCAGAAAGACAGAGAAAGAACUCCUGUGUAUUCACGGGACUCUGCUUCGACUUUGAAGAGUGAAUGUGAGUUCAAGGCCUGGACUCAGUGCAGGGGAUCACAGACGUGUUCUCACCCCAAUAAAUCUGAUCCUCUUCAGAACUCAGCCAGCGGAUGAAAAGAACUUUCCUCUCAAAAGGAAUAAAAACAUUUCUUCUGCCUGGCACUUAAAAGAGGAAAUAAUGGUCUUGUUUGUUAACAGUUAAAAAACUGUUUCAGCUCAAAGAUGGCCCUUAAAAAAAUCUAAUGGAUCAAGACGCUUGUAAUUAUAGGACUUUUAAUCACAUUAAGUGUAUUACCCACAAUCCACUUCAAAAGCUGAAAGCCCCAAGAUGUUGCACUUGAGAGUUUGGAGGACGCGUCGACCACAAAACUUCUGAAAGACGGCUUAAAAAGGAGCAGAGCGGAAUUUGCAAGACAACGGGGUGUGGGAGGCGUCAAAGGGAACCCUCUCCACCCUGCGCCGCACGGUCCUCUACAUCAGAGAGAGGCCUCCGACCGUGUGGCAGAAGCAGCAGCAGGUUCCCCGUGCCUGCUCUGAGCUGGCCUGCUGUGUGACGCUGCGCCGAAGCUGUGCUGAAGCUGAGGGUGGGCUGUACAGUACGCCGCGCCUGACCCCGCGGGCUGGCCUGCCUCCAGGACGCCCUCGCUCUCGCCGCUGGUCCUUCCACUUCAGUCCGGGAACCGCCCAUCAGACGAGUAACACUCACUUGAAGCUUUCCAUGUUUUCGGUUUUUGUCUUAUGGUUUGGUUUGGUUUUGUUUUGUUCUGAGAAGAAUGAAUGUAAUGACAAGGAAUUCCUUUGGGUUUGAAAGGAUAUUGAGAUAAAAAAUAUACUGCCUUUGCACACAUGACUGCACUCUUAAGCCAUAUGGAUAUUGCUUUAACAGAAAGAAAUGUGCAUUUUCGACUUUUAUUUUUCAAACUCAUUUCUUUGAUAUUUUUUACGAAGAGAAAAGAUGACUGAGGACUUUGUUUUGUUCCUUUUUUAGGUUAGCAAUAUGUACUGUAUAAGUGUAUUUUUAGUAUAAAUUUUGUACAGAUCAAUUUUUACUGUAGUGUUUUUUGCCACGUUGGUGUAGUUCUGUAGUCAGUCCAUUACAGCAAUCCAUUGUUGUUGCUUGUUAGUGUAUGGCAAUCAGAAAGUAGAAUGAGGAGAUUUCAAAAAUCCCUGAGAUGAUAUGAGGAUAUAAUAGUUCAUAAACCUGUAGGGUAUUUGAGCUAGAUACAAAUUCAGUCUAUAUUUUUUGAAAAUUUAAAUCUGUGAUUAAAUAUUAACUGUCUUAUGUCCAUUGAGUAUGAACUGGUUUUUCACAAAGUAAAACAAAUUUCCUCGCAUUUUUUUAAAUCAAAUGAAAUGUUUAUUGUCAACCUUGAUGGCUGUGUGACCUUAUACUGUAAUCGCUCCUGAUUUCUGUUUCUCCUUGUUGUGUGCUGCUAACAUUACAAUAGGCCUCAAAACAUUAUGUGCUGAGUCAUUAUUAGGACAAAGGCUCAGAUAUAACAAGGGAUCUGAUGCUCCUCCAAGAACAUUAGUGAAUAUUUACUGAAGUUCCAUAGUCCAUGGUUAUUCUUGGCAGUGGUAUUUGUGAAGAUGUGAAUCAGUACAAGGCACAAUAUAAUUCAUUUUUAUUCUCUGUAGGUGUACUGUUAUGAGGCUUACACUGAAAACCGUCACUGAUAUAACUAAAUAAAUCUGAUGUAUUUUAACCGCAUAGGUUGUAUGUUCAUUCACCCUCCCACAAACGCAACCGAACUCACAGAAACGGAAGUGUAAAUAUAUGAACUACAGCCGGCUGCGCCCGCACCGCGCAGGUUUGUUUGGGACCCAGAGAAAGCGACGCGAGUGCUUGGAGAAGCUCGGCCACAGUUGAGCGUUGAGCGAGGGUAGAGCGAUAACGUUUUUUAUAGAGGGCAAACGGAAGAAAGGCUUAUAUUUGUAAGCAAUUACAUUCUGUCCAUUUUGUUUGUCUUUCAGAAAAGUAUUUGGGUAACUGACAAUAACAGAGCUCUUUUAACAUUUUCAUUCAUUUUUUUUCAGCGUACUUCCUGCUAUGUACAGCAGAGGGCAGUAGCAUUGGGGUAAAGAGUACCUCUGCUCAGAAGCAGGUGCUUGUAUUUCAUUAUGCUAUGCUGAAAAGCUUUGCUCACACCUUAUCAUUCAGUUUUGUAUUUCUGUAUCUUUUUUAAAGUCUUGUGAAAUAACAUGGCACUAAGUUUUUUAUUUUAUUUUAUUGUACAUAGCUUUCAGGGAUCUAUUGUUAUGUACUCUAUAGGUCUUCUGAAUAAAUGUCUGUCAAAUUCCCACCAUAUUGUUUUGCAGUGGCUGUUCAAUAACAUUCAUGUACUAUCCCUGAACUGUACACUCUUUCAUGUACAAAUGUUCCGAGAGGUAAGACAAGGUUGGAAUUAUGAGUUCCUUUGACAUAAUCACAGGAAAUGUAAAACAUGUUUACUUGUGUCCAAACCUGUAUCAUUUCUGAUCACUUUUUUCUGUAUGAGCUUUAAGAAAAAUCUUCCAGGUUUAUCCACGGUUGCAUGACAUUCACUCUUCCAUUUCCGUAGCUUUACUUUGUUCCGAUUUACCGCUGUUUUUGUAUGGUAUCUGUUUCAGGUGUUAGUUGACGUUGGUCGGGGAAUGUUUUCUUUUUACUGUUGUAGUGCUCUUAUAGUCAUAUUUACCAGACUCAUUUCUUUGUUUAAAGCUUAAUGAUUUUGCACUCUUGCCAUUUAUUAAAUAGAAAAUGAAAAUGUUCAAACUG